GCUAGGUCACGCUUACGCUUACGGCGCCCACCCAGCUCGCAGCGACCUCCCCCACGCGGGACCCAUGCAUAUAGUGCUUUCAUGACUAUCACACAGGUCUCAUAAAUUGUAAACUCUCGAUAGCCUAUCGGCAUUGAUGACUACUGCAUUUCCACGUGGCGCACCGUGAACUUCCAAGACGGAUUUCCAUUCAGCCUGAGGCUGGGGCUGAAUAGUGUUCUUGACGGUACUUGGUUUGGCUUCUUGGCUCGACAGCCGCAGCGGCAAGGUGAGAAACUAGCGUGCCCACCGCAAGAACUGAUGAUGAAAUGUCAACAGAAAAGCUGGUCCAAUAUGAAAAAGCAGAUACCGAAAACAGCAAGCUAUGCGGACUUGGUGUCAGGAUAAGCUUGGUCGGGGUUACAUUGGCCCAGAGCACCAGCCAGUUCGUUCCCUAAUUAAAUUCUGACUUUUAAUGGAACCUCGGAUCGAUGAGGCUGUAAAAGGAUUGAAGACCAGGACGUGGAUAUAAUUACAGUUCCUUGUCCGGUUUCGCUUCCAUGCCAUAUUUGCGAUUCGGAUAUCUUUCACCUGCGUCUCGCUUAGCGUGUAGUCCUCGUCUUCAUAUAUACCCCCCAUCGACUUACACGCGCAAGUAUUAUAGCUCGUCCUUACCCUUGGCCAGCAACCGCGUCUCACACGACCACCACUGGCCUUCGUCAUUUGACUUCUCCCCUUUCUUUCUUUCUCCCCGCUCUCCCCACUCCCCUAGCUUCACAAUGUCCAAGACAAGAGCACACCAAGCGCCCAAAAGCUUUGCCAAUGGGCACGGUAUUCUGUGUGCCGGUCUUCCCCGAACUGGCACAUCUUCUCUCAAAGCAGCUCUAGAGAUCCUUGGUAUCACUCCUGUCCACCACGCCCUUCACCUCAAAGACUUUAGAGAAUACUUCAACUGGGGCCGCGCAGCAUGGUGCACAUUUCCGUUUCUUCGUGAGCAGAGUCGCGAUAGUCGGCCCUGGUACAUCGACGAUGAAGAUCCAUUACUUCCCUGGGGCAGAAGCCAAUGGGAUGAGCUUAUUGGCCGUCAGCGCGCAAUCACAGACGUUGCCAGUCUCUUUAGCGAAGAUAUCAUCGCUUGCUACCCAGAAGCAAAGGUCAUCCUUGUCGAACGUUCGUUGGAUUCAUGGACUGGAAGUUUUGGAGAGUCUUUCCUAGACCACUGGUUGUUCGGCUUUGAUGACUGGUUCCUCACCACGCUUUCAAACUGGGUUGGGUACCGCAGAAUGACCGGUCUUCGGGAUACUUUCCACGGCUGGAUCGGUGCCUCUAGCCGCAGUGGAGCGUAUAAGAGUCUGCCAGAUCUUCAUGCAGAGCAUCACGCAAUGGUCCGCGCGCGAGUUCCCAAAGACCAGCUCCUUGAUUUCAACCUCAAGGACGGCUGGGAGCCUCUCUGCAAAUUCCUCGAUGUUCCGGUGCCAGACAUGCCCUUCCCCCAUGUCAACGAGCGCGAGUCUUUGCUUCGCCAACUCAGGUUUCGCAAAAUGCUUGUCAUUUACGGCCUCAUCACAAAGCUUGGCAGCUGGAUGUUGACCGCGGGCUUGGUUGUGGCUGCCAUCAAAGGCGCAUCUCGUGCCGGGUGGUUUCCUAUACUCGCCCGUUACAGAGACAUAGUCACAAACUAUCUCCUUCACUAAGACCAACCAACCAAUCAUUUCACACACCAAUCUCUCCGUCGAGAUUUCUUUUUCUCGAACAGUUAUUCUUAUCAUACUCUUCUUCAUUCUUUAUUCUCUUUUUUUUCAUAUUUGUCAGAACAGCGCUGCAUUGAGCCACUUGGAAGGGGCGUAUAUUUUGGAUGUACCUGUACAUAGAUAUAGCAUGCACAAAUGCACAUCACGCUAGCAGUACUAGCCUUGUUUUCUCCUCGUUCAACAACCCUCACAUGAAGCGCUCUCCACUACUCCAAUUGUUACGGCUGCCUACCCCAUUGCUCCGGCUUGUGGAUUGCCUAGACCGAAGCCCUGCACUCUGUUGAUCCUAAAAGGGAGUGGCUUCAAGGCAAAUGCAUUUGAUGAUGCGAGUUAGCCCCCAAAACUUGCAGGGCUCUUCGCAGCAAAGAUCACCCAAAUACAUCGAGAGCCGGCCGAUCACCGACCUGCUGCAUCCCAGUGGCAACGAAACGGUGUAGUGUUUUCCCGUAUUCAUUCGCAACAUUGCUCCUCUAGUGGUGCAGCUUCCUCGAAAUUCGGCCCUUCUAGCUCACAAUGGCGGAGGUGGUGUAAAUCCUACACCCCGCACUGAUGCACAUCAUUACAAAGUUCCACAGAGCAAGCCUCCUCUUUCCACAAACCAAAGUCCCAUGCAUUGAUGCCUUGUUAUGACUAUUGCUUUUGUAAGAAUACGACUAGUUCAUGACGCUCUUCUACCAAGGCAGUCUGCUUCUCGGCCGACGAUCUCAUCUUGACGGCAUGGGCAGUAAGCACAUCUCCACGACAUCGUUCAGCAGGUAUCGCCGGAAGCGUAGUUCCGUAAGGCUGUACGCCUCGGAAUAAGCACUCCGCAAAGUCCCGCUUACAGAUAUCUCGCUGAUCCACUACUUCCCUUGUUGAGGGAACACCAGACAGGCAUCGCGCGGCUCGUGAAAAAGUCGCCGUGCGAGGCUGCGAGCCUGUUGAGAGCCCUAUAGGCCCCCAAUUGGCCCAGCUGAAGGUACGCGUACACACCGUCGGUCCGUUAUUCCAGCAGAUAAGGGCUGAUGCUCAAAGCAUUUCGAAUCGAAUAAUGGUCACUGCUGCGGACCUCAAUGAAGAGACACAGUCUCAGAAGUAUAUAGACCCCUUACCCAGACGACGAAUAUAGGAUAAUUUAUUCCUGAUGAUUAAAUUAUACAUAAUUCUUCAGGCA